AUGAGCAAAAAAGUGGCUGAGUUUCAAACAAUGUUUGGCAUGACUCAGACAUUUGGCUGCAUUGAUGAUACACACAUUCCCAUUCAAAGACCGUUGGCUGAUUCUCAAGAUUACUUCAAUUAUAAACAGUUUUUCUCCAUUAAUGUUCAAGCUGUUUGUGAUUCAAAUGGCUUAUUCAUGGAUGUUGACUGCAGGUGGCCUGGCAGCGUCCAUGAUGCGAAAGUAUUUUCAAACUCAUUCAUAAAUAAUGAACUAAAAUUGGGAAGAUUACCACAAACCUUCACUCAUGUUUUACCUGGUCAUGACAAGAUAACUAACUACCUCAUAGGUGACCUGGCAUAUCCUUUAACACCCAACUGCAUUAAAGAAUACCAAUCAUGCUUAAGCAAUGAUGAGGUAGUUUUUAACAACAUGCUAAGAGCCGCAAGAAACCCAGUAGAAUGUGCAUUUGGCCGCCUAAAGGCCAGAUGGUGA